CACAAAAUAGGUACUUUAAGUUCAUUCGAAAAGAGUUUGUGAAGUUCGGGCUCAAAGAAACUUGUGAAAGGUUUAAAAGAAUUGUUUCAUACUAUAGAGAGAAAUGGCUGGGAGGAAUAUAGCAGCUCCAUUGCUGUUCUUGAACUUGGUGAUGUAUUUUCUGGUCUUGGGUUUUGCGAGUUGGUGUCUCAAUAGGUUUAUCAAUGGCACUACUAACCACCCAAGCUUUGGAGGGAACGGAGCAACCAAUUUUUUCCUGACGUUCUCCAUAUUAGCUGCUGUGCUGGGCAUAGUCUCUAAGUUUGCAGGUGGAAAUCAUCUCCGAGCUUGGAGGGGUGAUAGUCUAGCAGCUGCAGGGUCAACAGCCCUUGUGGCCUGGGCUGUUACUGUCCUUGCAUUUGGGUUGGCAUGCAAGCAGAUAGCUGUGGGAGGGCACAGGGGAUGGAGGCUGAGGAUCCUGGAGGCCUUUAUUAUCAUCCUCACUUUUACUCAGUUGUUGUACCUCCUGUUGGUGCAUGCGGGUAUUUUCAGCAGGAACUAUGGGCCGGGCUACAGAGACACGGAGUAUGGUGUUGGAGGCGCUCAUCAUGACCCUGCUCUCAAGGGUUCUUCUGCUGUGCCUGCUGCUAGGGUUUGAGAACAAGUUUUAGCUGGAUCGGAUGGGCCAAGUGAGAUGGGCUAGCUAGUUAUUGUAGUUAUUUGUGGUCCUAGUUAAUAAAUUUCCUGUGGGUUGUAGUUUCUGUUUUACUUUGUGUGAUGUGGUUUUCACUUGGCAGUAACUUGUUUUAUUGUGCACAUGCAGUCAGUUGGGUCACAUGAUUGGUUUGUUGAUGUAAUCUAAGUGUAUUGUGUGUUACUGGUCUCCACUUUCCUUAUUGUAAAUCUGUUCUUUUCUCA